CGAGGGAGUGCGCUGGGCAGCAAGCGGGACGUCCUGCAAAGAGGUGGUCUCCGUUGUGCGUGUGCUUGAGGCAGAGCAGAGCCCUCUCGUCAGACCUUUGUGAACGGCCGCUGCUAGCGAGAUGUGUUUCCAUUUGGGCGCAGUCCUUCCCUGUCCCGGCUGGGCUCAGCUCGGCCACAUUCAGAGCCUUCUCCUCUCCACCUCUGAGCUCCCAAGUACACACUCCGGCCCAGCCUCAGCUUUCGAAAAGCCAACGGUCAGAUCCUCAGACGGACAACCGCAGGCCCAGAUAAACGUGGCUUCUUUCUGGAGAGCUUCAUCCGCGGUGCUCUCGUCCGUCUCCUUGCAAGUGCUGCUCUACCUGAGUGGGGGGUAUUAUGCCCUGUAUUUCCUGGCUACGCUCCUAAUGAUCAUAUAUAAAAGUCAGGUUUUCAGUUAUCCUUGUCCUUACCUGGCUCUCGACCUGACUCUGCUGUUUCUGAUGGGGAUUCUGGAAGCAGUUCGGUUGUACCUGGGCACCAAGGGCAACCUGAUGGAGGCCGAGGUGCCGCUGGCCGGCAGCCUGGUCCUUACGGCGGGUGGCGCCCUGCUGUCCACCUACUUCCUGCUCUGGCAGACGCUGGUGCUGCGGGCCGACUCCACCCUCGGCGCCGCGCUCCUCACGCUCCACGGCCUGGAGGCCGUCCUGCAGCUGGUGGCCAUUGCUGCCUUUGUCAGCUAGGCGGGCAGCACCCGGCUUUGCCGGGCAGGACAGCUCUGCACAGAAGCCCCCGCCCGGGAGCUCGGCCGUCUCCUCCCCCAGUGCUGGACGGAAGGGCACCGGUGUGGACGGGUAGGACGGUUUGGAGUGGUUUGCGAAUUUUGGGUGGUGGGGUGGUCAGGAACCCAGGGCAGAGCAGAGAGCCGGGGGAGUUGCCGGGAACAGCCGCACGAAGGGUCGGGAAGGGAGACCGCGGGAACAUCUGCUCAGGCCCCGCUUUUGGCUGGUGAGGAUCUCCCUCCGGCAGCUGCCCUGACCCCCGACCCAGAAGGGAACAGGCCCUUGGGAAAGGAGGUGGCCGAGCUGUGGCCACAAACCACCGUUCCCUGCCGGGAGGAGCAGCCUGGCCGUGUCUUGCCGGUUCCCCCGUGGGUGUGAGGGCGCAGGCCGGGGCGGUGCGUGUUCCAUACCCACCGUGCUGCUGCUCUGCCGGGGGCUCCAGGGGCAGCAUGGGAAGCGGGCAGCCAGGCCCCGAGCUGCUUAGGAACCAUGGGCCCUGGUGUCCGGGGGGAUGUCGGCAGCUGCGGCUCCUCUCCCCUGGGGGCUCCUGAAGGAAGGACGGGCCGAGACCCUGGCACUGACGGGAGGGAGGCAGGGAGUGGGCCAGCGGCGAACGGCCCUCCACUGCCCCAGCCCGGUGCCUCAGCGCCCCCACGUCCAAGCCUCGGUCAUUAAAACGCCAGGGACGUUUGCACUGUGCUCCUCGCAUUCUGUUUGUGCCUCUUCCCCCUUCGCAGAUCGUAAUGGCUCCGGGAAGACACCGAGCUCCUGCUCUCCAGGACCUUUACCUGUUCACGCUGUGCACCGUCCACGUCUGGAACAAAACGUUGGGUAUCUGGACGUUUUCUCUACCAUUUUGUGGAAAUAAAUGUUUAUACCUCCCUGAA